UCAGAGCGUCGACAGCACUACGGCGAGUCGGCGACAGAGAGUGAAGCGAGCUGAGACGGGGGAGCGCGCGGGAGCAGUGCAUGGUGUGGUGGUGGUAAAAGGACGGGGAUUGGACAGCGACGCUGAUCAUUUAUGCCGCCGUGUAAAUACCCACCACAACCACAAGCAGCUAGAGCUUCCGCAGGUCGGCUUCCACAUCUCUCUCAUUCGUCUCCUCCCCCACUGCUAGCUCCUGCAGCUCUCAAGCUAGCUGCUGGUAGCGCUAGGGUUUACACCGUACCGAUCGGGGUCGGGUCGCUGGCGGCCGGCGGAAGCGAGCAAUCGAGUUCGGUGGCGGCGAGAUCUGCUUGCUCGGUAACUCGGGGUCGCCGCCGGCAGCCCCGGCUCGGCACAGAGAGAGAGAGAGUCAAUUGAUUUGCAGGGGUUCGUUGCUGCCCAUUUCAAGAGAGAUCCUAGGCUGACCAGUUGCAGUCGAUCAAUGAUACACCGACACGCAGGCGCAGCUAGCUAGCAGGGACAUCGCGAGAUGACGGGCGCCGCCGCCGUUGGGGCUGGGCUACUAAGACGAUGAUAAGGGGCGGCAACAACCAGGAGGCGGCGGACGUCGAGGAGCUGCUAGCCCACCACCAGCAGAACAAGCAGCACGCCGCCGUGGCGACGUCGUCGCGGCAAUGGUCGGCGCAGACGGAGUCGCGCAUCGUGCGCGUCUCCCGCGUCUUCGGCGGCAAGGACCGCCACAGCAAGGUGAAGACCGUCAAGGGGCUGCGCGACCGCCGGGUGCGCCUCUCCGUGCCCACGGCGAUCCAGCUCUACGACCUGCAGGACCGCCUCGGCCUCAACCAGCCUAGCAAGGUCGUCGACUGGCUGCUCAACGCCGCGCGCCACGAGAUCGACAAGCUGCCGCCGCUGCAGUUCCCGCCUCAUCAGGACCUCAUGGUCGGCCACCUCACGCCCCACAUGCCGCUCGUGCACGAGGAGACGAAGUUCGGACACAUCGCCGCGGCCGCGGCGCUGGCGAGCGACGGCGGCGGCGCCAAGGUCAGCCAGCAGGGCGACGUCGACGUCGAUGUCGACGGGACCGGCGGAGCCCACCACUUGGUGGGGAGGUUCCCCGGCGGCGGCUACUACCACCGGUUCAUGGAGCUGAACAGCGCGUUGGGCAUGGUCAGUAGCGCAAUGGCGCCGUAUAGCAACUACACCGGAGAGGCAUGGAAUAACAGCAGCGGCGGCAUGCAUGACGGCGGCGCAGGCGGCUCGCCGCAGGUCGUGGCAGCGGCUCACCACUCGCCGUUCCCGUCGUUGCUCUCCUUGGCUCCACGUCCGCAUCAGCUGGCGUUCUACUCCUCGGAAGGUGAUCAGCAGUUUCAGGUGGAGAACCUUGGCUCGCAAAGCCUGUCCUUGAGCUCGGCGAGGGCUUACCAUGAUCAGGCUAGCUAGCAGACUACAUACUGAAACUCUUCGAUCGAGAUUAAUUAAGGUAGAAUGAAUGCUCACUGAUCCCAAAAUUCCCCAAGUACUACAAUAUAUAUCUAGCUGUGCAAGUGUGACAGGGUUUCCAAGUGCCUUUUAAAGAGAGGCAGUUAAGCUUGUGAUGAUUUCAUAAUUAGUAUGAAGCUAGACCUGAAACAGAAUAAAAUCUGCGCGGCUUGCAGCGUGUGUGUGCGAUACGAAUUUGUUACUUCUUUCAAUACACAAAGGAGUAAUAUUAUUGUGUGCUGGCUUGUAGAAUAACAAUAUGAUUUUUUUUUAAUAUUAUGGUUUUUAUUAGUUAUAUUCCCUCCAUUAUAAAUUAUAAGCCAUUUUGGUUAGCCAAAAUGUCUUAUAAUUUGGAAUUGAGUGAGUAUAACAUUUGA